GAGAGACGGGCGGGUGACUCAGCACAAUCCAACAUGUCUCUGUCAGUUAGAAAUAAACCCGCCCAGAGGUGCGCGGAGAACUGCCACCCCGAGCAGCCGAACCGCACUCACACCUCGGGGCAGCGCAGCCCCUGCCAGUGUAACCGGGGAUCUCCCCGGGCUGGCGGAGCCCCACUAACAAUACUGUUUCCGUGAGCCCUGCCCAUUUUCUGCCGCAGUGUGCCCACUGCCCCGCCAGGCGCUAACUGCCCCCAAACUGGACAGGCAAUUUCCCGCCCGUUUGGAAGCGGAAGCGGCUGAGGGGAAGGCGCGCACACACGGGCGGAAGCGGGGGCCGCGCCUUAUCGGGAGCGCGCUUUCCCUGACACAGAUUUGCUUACGUUACUAUAAAUGGUUUGAAGCUGAGGGAGGCGGCAUAAGGGAAAAGCUGCUCCCCCACCAAACCCCGCAGCCCCGGUGCGACGCCUCACCGAACGGGGGGUCUCUUCAGCGCUUGUGCGCCUCCCACUCCCUAGCAACACCCCCGCCUCCAGCUUCCAGUGGUACGUCCCAGGGUGUGGAGCUUCAGAGCAGGGAGAGCCCGGAGUUUGGAGCCGGGGAGACCGCCGCUGUGCCAUUGCAACAUCCCCCCGGUGGGGCUGCCUCGGAUACCGGAGCGCCACUAGCCCCGGCCUGCUUCUGCCUCCCACCUCCGCAAUCCCGGCCCUCUGCAGAGCGCUGUGCUCGGAAACCGGAGCGGGGGGAGAAGCCCAUGUGACCUUCCAUGACCCGUCUUCCCCCAAACCCCGGGCAUCGCCGGGCAGCGGGCUCCGGGCACGGAUUGGCUGUACGGGCAGUGCCUUGUGUCUGCGCCCCCAUCGGCAACAUGCUCCCCCAGAGAUAGGCCGGGCAGCCUGCUCGCCGCACUCAUCCCAUAUAUACAUUUCUCUCUCUAUACUCACGGAUUAUAGCGACAUCGCACCUGGCCCAGUGGAUGUAUGGCUGCUCGGCCCGGGAUUUCAGCUCCACACAGCCUUCGGAUCGGGGAUUUAGAAGAGAAUCUCGAUGGUGAUCACAUCCAGCUCUGAAGAGGUGCCCCCUCAGAGAAUGCUCUCAGCACUACACACCGAGUGGAUCAAUAAGGAUCCGGUUUGUUACCUGCCGCCUUCUCACUGCAACAAGAAGCCCUUGAGAAGUGGCAGCAGUACAGGAUGCAAGUCGUCGUCCUCCUCUUCCUCCUCUUUCUGUCUGGCUGCCCCUUUUGCCUUUGUCCCCACUGAGGCAAACAUGUCGAGCCAGCACAGCCACGCUCCUUUUUCCAGCCUUCAGUCAAUGGCUGAUCAUCAGCAGGUCCUGCCUGACAUGACCAUUUUACAGAGGCGGAUUCCAUUAACCUUCAGAGAUUCAGCAGCUGCACCGCUACGAAAGCUUUCCGUGGAUUUGAUAAAGACUUACAAGCACAUAAAUGAGGUGUAUUAUGCUAAAAAGAAGCGACGAGCCCAGCAGGUGCCGCCUGAAGACUCCAGCACGAAGAAGGAGAGAAAAGUAUUCAAUGAUGGCUUCGAUGAUGACAACUAUGACUAUAUUGUGAAAAAUGGGGAGAAGUGGAUGGACCGAUAUGAAAUAGAUUCCCUCAUUGGAAAAGGAUCCUUUGGACAAGUGGUAAAGGCAUAUGAUCAUCAUGAUCAAGAAUGGGUAGCUAUUAAAAUUAUCAAAAAUAAAAAGGCCUUUCUGAACCAGGCUCAAAUCGAGUUGAGACUUCUUGAGCUAAUGAACAAACAUGACACAGAAAUGAAGUAUUACAUAGUGCACUUAAAACGGCACUUCAUGUUUCGGAACCAUCUUUGUCUGGUGUUUGAGCUACUGUCAUACAACUUAUAUGAUCUUCUAAGAAACACAAACUUCCGUGGCGUUUCCCUGAACCUCACCCGCAAGUUUGCGCAGCAGCUUUGUACUGCUUUGCUUUUUUUGGCUACUCCUGAACUUAGUAUAAUCCAUUGUGACCUGAAACCUGAAAAUAUCCUUCUAUGUAACCCUAAGCGCAGUGCCAUCAAAAUUGUGGACUUCGGCAGCUCCUGUCAGCUUGGGCAAAGGAUCUACCAGUAUAUUCAGAGCCGGUUUUAUCGUUCACCUGAGGUUUUGCUGGGGAUGCCAUACGACCUGGCGAUAGAUAUGUGGUCUUUGGGCUGUAUAUUGGUGGAAAUGCAUACAGGAGAGCCUUUAUUCAGUGGAUCCAAUGAGGUGGAUCAGAUGAACAAGAUUGUGGAGGUUUUGGGCACCCCCCCUAACCACAUGUUGGAUCAAGCUCCAAAAGCACGGAAAUAUUUUGACAAGCUUCCUGAAGGAACGUGGACUGUAAAGAAAAAUAAAGAUCUAAAAAAGGACUACAAGGUGCCAGGAACUCGCAGACUUCAUGAAGUCUUGGGUGUGGAAACAGGAGGUCCUGGUGGUCGCCGAGCAGGAGAGCAGGGGCACUCUCCAUCAGACUAUCUAAAAUUCAAAGACUUAAUUUUAAGGAUGCUGGAUUAUGACCCCAAGACUAGAAUCACCCCUUUCUAUGCCCUCCAGCACAACUUCUUCAAGAAAACAACAGAUGAAGGGACAAAUACAAGUAAUAGUAACUCUACAAGCCCUGCAAUGGACCAUAGUCACUCAACAAGUACCACCAGUUCGGUGUCUAGCUCAGGAGGAUCUAGUGGCUCUUCGAAUGAUAACCGUAAUUACCGGUACAGCAACAGAUACUAUAACAGUGCUGUUGCACACACAGAUUAUGAAAUGCAGAGUCCACAGGCUCAUUCACAGCAGCAGAUAAGACUGUGGGCUGGUGGAGAUGUUCCAAUCACAAACAGCGAUUCCUACCCUCAGAUCUUACCUCACAAACCAACUCCCAGUCAGCCGCAGCAUUUUCACGGAAACGAACCACAUCAUCCUCACCCGCUGUAUCAUCACGUCAACCGGCCGCACUACCACCGGCAGCUCAUCACUUCCUCCUCUCCGCAAAUCCCAGAGUCUAUGGAGCUCAGCUUGGGACACAGACACCCCCAGUCUUCCUCUUCAUUGCACCCACACCACCCUAGCUUAGACUGCACUCCCUUUGGCUCCUCAAACUUACACUUAGGAGUAUCUGCUUUUCGGACUAGAACAGUCAGCGGGCAUAACGACUCGGGCGUGCCUCUGAAUUACCCCUACUCUAGCAACACAUCCAGCAUGGUUGGACCACCUCAUAUCCGAAACAGGACGGAAACGGAAGAGAGUGCGAUGUUAGGCGUUUGUGUUCCUCAGAGUACAGCAGCGAGUUCUUGAUGAUUCUUUAAUGUAAAAAUAAAGCCAUACCAAUAAUAGAAAUACUGAAUUUCGAAGGAGGGCUGACAGGCUUGGAAGGGUGGGGUUGUGGAAAAAGGGUGAGCUGGCUUUUAUCACAACCAUCAAAAAAAAAAAAUGUCAAGGUUUAGCUGUUAAUGUGAAUUGUUUAUUUAUUAAAAAACACAAAAAAAAAAAAAAAAAAAAAAUCACUACGAGAGGAGUGUGAAGUGUGUGUUGACCAUACGAAGCAGUUUUAACAGACUUCAACUGGACUGCUCUUCUUUUUGUUUUUUUGUUUUUUAUUUUACCUUUUAUUUUAUUUUUUUUUUUAAUUGCUUUUGACACACUGGUAGAUGUUAACCUGUGCAAAGACUUCAAGACAUUUCCAAUGCUUCCAUUUCUAUCAUAAUUUUUUUCCUCUUCAGAAGAAGCAGGAGAAGCCCAGACUUACUUUGCACGUCAGUGAACUCGUUUACAGGCCAAAACAUCACUCUGCAAAACACUGUCUGUGCCAGUUGCCCUCUGCUGCCAUUUUGCCAUUCAUAUAGACCCCCCCACCCCACCGUGUCGCCCCCUCUCCCCCCCCAACCCACCCUGCUAGGGUGCAGAUACUGCACGUCACUGGAAUAACCUUGGCUGCUAACUCCACUCUCUCAACUGGAAUUGCUGCUAAAACUCUUAAACCUAAAAGGUUCCCAUGUCUUUUAUUUAUGACUUCAUCUUCGGUUGGUUUUAGCUGUUUCAGGAAAGAUUUCUAGGAGCCAUUUUAUUCUUUUACAGAUUAAUGCUGCAGAAGUUCAGUGUUUCCCAUCUUGUCUCUCAACCCCUCCCGACUUUUAUUUGUUUGUUUAUUCCCCCCUCCCCGAUCCUUUUUAAUUAAUUUUAUACACUGAAUUCUGUUUUUAACACUACAAAAAUGACUACAUUUAUUACCCCCCUUUAUGAAUUUGAUUACGUCGGCCUCUGUUCCGUGCGUCCAAUGGCGGCGCACCCCUUGUUUCAGUAUUAAAACCUGUCCAUUACAGUUCUAGAUGCUGUAACAAUAGGGGGGUUUCUGUUUUAUUUUUAUGCUUUCAAAAAUGUAAAAACAAAAACCUGUCCUUUUUUUUUUUUUUUUUCAUAUCUCUGUGGAUAGUAACGUACUGUUUUUAUUUUUAUUUUUUUUAAUUUAUUGUACCAAAGAUGGUAUUGAGGCAUCACUUUAAACUAUCAGACAUGUAAAUUGAUUGUCUUUUUAAAUGUUUUACUUUCCCUUUUUUUUUUCUCCCCCAUUUUUUUUUGUGUUUUUAAUUGGGCUUACAAAAGAAAUACUGAAUCAUGUGUAGUUGCUGUUCGGACUCCAAGGGCCGUUCAACAUUCAUGUUUGUUUCAAGUAUUGGUGUUUUGGAGGAUCCUAAAACAAUAAAGUAAUCGACAGCUACAGAAGAUCCGAGGGUCUGAUUGUGUUUGGGAAGCGCGAAACGUUUUUUUAAAGGCAACGUUAAGAACGACGUGCUGUGAAAUGUGUUUUGGAAAUAGACAUGUCUGUCAAUAACCUUCUUACUAAGGCUAAUGGGUAAAAUGAACCCGUUUUUAACGAUUUUCCCUUUUUACUUUCCCUUUUUCUUUCAUUUCCAGACUCCGUGUAUGCCAAACCCCCCCCCCCCCCCAGGAACUGUGUACUGUCCGGCAUGCUUGUUACCCAUCAAUUUACUAUGCUGUUUUUCAUUUCUGCUUUUGUAUAUCAGAGUUUAUUAAUGUUAUUAAUGCACAUUUAAUCUAGUAAAGAAAUUUUUGUUUUUUCUUAAAGCCUCCAAUUAUAAAAUGUAUAGUAAUGUGGCAAUUUAAUAGGCUUUAAGCUCUUUUUAUUUUUGUUAAUUUAUUUUUUUUUUUUUUCUCUUUCUUCUGUUACACCAAUUCUCCUUCAAAACGGGAAAACAAAACGAUUUUUACUUGCGCAGCGUUACAGGGUAUUUUUUGAUUGUAAAAGGAAGUAAACGAAAAAAAAAAAACCAUUCUAAAGACUUUGUUCUCUCACAGUUGUGUAACUGUAACUGAAACACUUACCCAUACAUUGUCUAUCAUUAUGGAAACUGCAAAUAUGAGUGUAACUUAACUAUCAUUUGCUCCUUUCACUCCGAUUGUUCUCAUCUACUACGUGACUUUCUCUUUUCAAGUAUAGACCAUCUUUCUACUGCACAAGAGAUCAAUAAAUGAGGCACUGCUUUGGA